GACCAAUCGCGUCUGAGAGCUCUCUUGGGUGGACACGACCUCUUCGCGCCAAAGAGGAGCAUAUCCAAAGGAGGACGGGUCAGCAACUAGACGGGCAACAUAGCAGUGCACCGAGCUUGACUCUUAGCAAGGUUGAAAAUGAGGAGGGCCCUCUGGAUAUAAAUGGGACGCCGCCGACCUUUCCUCGCUGGCUUCGUUCUUUUCUUCUUCUUUCCACUAACUCUGCCGACUUGACAUGCAUCUCCGUCUUGUCGCCCAUUUCACCUCUCCAUCAAGCAACAGCAGCAGCAACAACAACAAAAACAACAACAAUAACAUGGAUACGGGUUUGCUUGAUCCUGUCUAUUGGAUUGACUUCAGCGCAACCGAGGAAAAGACUAUGACAGCGGUCGACGAGACAACAUAUCCACAACACAGUGGCAGCAUGUUUGGGGCAGAAGAGGCUGCGAGCCCCUAUUUGCCAUGGAGGAUUGAUCAGACUCCAGAGCUCUUUUUCGACUUGGAAGCAUAUUUAUUCGAUUCCCUGCCGAAUACCGAUAUCGUCACGCACUGGCCACCGCCCAUGCUGGAACAGGAUUGUACCGGGUCGGUCGACAGCCCGGACGUGAGCAACAACGGGCAUUCGUCCCUCAAAAGCAGUGGCGACCAGCCGGCAGAGUUUACAUCUUGUCUAAAGCCAGGUGUUGGCUCGAAUAUUGUUGGCAACAACCUUUGUGUCGACAACUCUCAUGGCAGUUCGAAUGGUGACGGAAAUGGACAGACUCAACGUUUUCAAAGCAGCAUCACUGCUGCCAAGAGGGGUGUCGACGACGUAAUCGACGAGAGCACGUCAGAGAACGACAGAGCAAAGCGACGGAAGACUGCCGCCGAGAACAAGCCAAAGAACAAGCCAAAGAAGAGGGCUUGGUGCAACGUUCAUGUUCAUAUGGAAACGAUAGAGUUCAGGGUGGCUGACCUCCAAAAUGUUUUUCACUGGAAACGUCGAAGCCAGCAGUGGUCUAGUGAGAAUGGUGAGCUUUGGACUCUGGAGGAACUUGGGAGCUGCGUAUUGGCAAGUCUGCCCUGGGUCUCCGUUUGGGUGCGGCCACAUGGAGAUGGGUUUCCCGUACAGGUGUUUUGGGAUGAAAGUCAGCGUUACCACCCGCUUCCCCCGGACAUAAUUGCUGGGAUGAACUCCGUUGUGGCAGGUCAGCGUUACCAACCGCUUCCCCCGGACAUAAUCGCUGGGAUGAGGUCGGCAAAGACGGAUUCUGCAACCUGUACGUGGUGCCAGCUACGAACCUGCUCCAAACGGAGCAGAGCCGAUGCAGAGACGCAAUUCCUGGAUCUUGGUCCAUGGCCUACAUAG